UUUAGAGCUCUGAUAUUCUUCUUCCGGGCUGUUACCUCAUCUCGUUCCUUGCAACGGAAGCAGCUCCCUGAUUGGGUCUCCGAUCAAUUCUCCGGCGGUCGGAAAGCGUGGCUGACGGAAAACGAUGAGCUGCAAUGGCUGCCGCGUGCUGCGAAAGGGAUGCAGCGAUACCUGUAUUUUGAGGCCAUGUCUGCAGUGGAUCGAAACCGCCGAAGCUCAAGGGAACGCCACCGUCUUCGUCGCCAAGUUCUUCGGCCGCGCCGGACUCAUGUCGUUCAUCUCCGCCGUGCCGGAGAAUCAGAGGCCUGCGCUUUUUCAGUCGUUGAUGUUUGAGGCCGCCGGAAGGACGGUGAAUCCGGUGACCGGCGCGGUGGGGCUUCUCUGGACCGGCAACUGGCACCUCUGCCAGGCGGCGGUGGAGAGCGUGCUCCGGGGGGUUACGUUGAAGCCGGUGGUGGAGCUCCUGGUGGACGGCGGGGCGGGGAGCUCUGACGACGCCUCCGAGUGCGCUGACAUGUUCAAGUUCCGAGAUCCUGGUGUUGGUCCGGGACCCAAUGUGGUGAAACGUCGCCGUUUUGCGGAUGAGACUGCUGCCGAGUCCACAGCGGAUCUUGAUCUGUCCUUAACCCCUGACAGAAGCUCCGGCGGACGCCGCCGCGCCGCCUGGGCUGAGAAGCGGCGUCCCGGGAGCCCGUCGAUGAAUUCCGAUGAAUCUGAAACGACGACGUGUGGAGAUCAGCCAAGGCUUCUGAAUUUGUUCAAUUAGAUGAAAUUGAAGAAACUUUUUUCAAAAACUGUAAAAAGCCGCUCUGAUUUAAGGGCGUGUUUGUCUUGGGUUACCCGGAAAAUUAAGUUUUUAAUUUUUCCGGCGAGGGUUUCGCAUAAUCUGUGGCACAAGAUUUCCCUGUGAACAAAAUGGAGGGGAAAAUGAAUGUAUCGCCAUUGAUUCCUUUCUUCCUUGUUUCUGCAACUUCUUUUCACUUUAAUCUUCCUUUUUCCUUUUUAUUAUUAUUAUUUUUCGUAAAGAACUUUCCUCCUCUAUCCUUCAUCUACUAACUAUUGGGACUUGAAUAAUUGAACUUGCUUUUAGCCUUUUUUGUCCACUUUCUGGAAUUUAAAUUUAUACACACACACAUCUAAUACAUAUAUAUAUAGAUGUAUGUAUAUGUGUA